ACACAGACACACAUCUAGUGAAUGAGUGCCACACACACACACACACACUCAGUCUCUCACAGGAGAGCUUCACCAGCGGACUGCGUUUGGAGUAUAACAGGACUUUCACUUCUUCAGUUUGCUGAACAGGAUCUUUAGAGGACAGGAUGGAAAACACGUGUGAGGUGUGGAAACGGUGAGGAAACACAGUGAACCGGCACAGUAGAGACUGCGGCUGAUGCCUCAAAACACACAGACCCUGGACUCUGCGAUGCCCACCGAGCUGGUCAAAGACACCAUGACCAUCCCCGGAGCUCCCGAGCGAAUGUUGCAAGAGAAAACCAACAACAACGAACCUCCUCAACUGCAGCUGCUGGCCGUCACCAUUCCCCUGGUCAACGAGGGGCAGCUGACGGCGGCCACCGGCGGAGCAGAGCUGUCCUGCUACCGCUGCACCGUGCCCUUCGGCGUGGUGGUCCUGAUCGCAGGGAUCGUGGUGACGGCUGUCGCUUACAGCUUCAACUCGCACGGCUCCACCAUAUCAUACUUCGGACUGGUGCUGCUCUCGGCCGGGCUGGUGCUGCUUGUGCUGAGCGGGGUUUGCUGGAAGGUGGGGAUGGAGAGAAAGAAAGAGAGGAGACGAGAGAGUCAGACAGCACUGGUGGCCCAUCAGAGGAGCAUCUUUGCCUGAUUCGACACAAGCACGAACUCAGUAACCUUCAUGGUGAACAAGUCAGUGCAUCACAUUUGGGAUGACGUCCAGAUGUUUUGCUACAGAGUGUAAAAAAAAGAUGGACGACUCAUCGCUGCUUCCUUUCACUGUAGAAAAGUGAAGCUAAAAUGUCCCGCUGUCAACGUGCGCCGAUGAUGUCAUUUGGAGUCCAAGUCUUGCACGAACGGCUGUGGGAAUGAGCGCUCGGGACAGUUAACCGAGACAGACUCGCAGCUGCCUGCGUCCAGAUGUUCAGACACAGCUGCACUGCAACAAAACGAUCUGCUUAAAACAGCUCUCAUGUCCUAGUGUGUACUCGCUCAUGCAUCACUGUAGCUACUUCUCAAACACCGGGUUAUAGGUUUGUGUCGAUCGCUGACACUACAGUGUGAAACCCAACACAGAAAAACACUCAAAACACAACAAAGCAGUGUCAUGGCAAUCACCCAUAAUGCCCUUAGAACCACUUACAACAGCGACACCCUAACAAUUACUCAGAACUCCCUAGCAACAGCACAGCAACUCCCUAGCAACUGGAAUGCAGCUCUUAAUUAGUAUUUUUGUCUUGUAUUCCAUUACGAUGUAUGCCUAAAACAAGAAAAUGAUCUGUCAAUGAGCUAAAAUAAUUUUGGUUUCCCUUUGAAUUACGCUUAUUUUUCUAAACCAGACAACUGACAGAUUUUUGUUUUUCCUUUAUUUUUAUUUUUUCUGUUUUAAGCAAAAACUCACUUAAACACUCUGGAGUCUACCUGUAACACUUUAGCAACUGCAUAGCAACACCCUAACAACAACUUAGAACACCGUAGACACAUCAAAGCAACACCCUGGCAACUAACCAGAACAACCUAGCAACCACAUAGCAUACGUCUUGCCUUCAAAAAAAAAAAACGAUAUUCUCUUUAUUCUUAUUUUCCCUUUGAAUUCAUAUUUAUUUUUUCACCCCACGGACAGAUAUGUUUCUCUCUUAUUUUAUGCAUAUACUCACUCUAUUUUGUUACAUUUUCCAGAAAACCAGAUUUUAUAAUUUCACGUCUCAGACCUCAGAUCUUAAACCUUAAAGCAUUUCUUUCUUCUGUGGAACAAAUGAGAAUAUGUUUUAAAUAAAUAUAACUGUGCAUACAAUGGAAGUCAAUGGGAACCAAAACUGUUUGGAAUUUUCAGAUUUUUUUAAACUUUUUUGAAAUUUCAGCGUUAUCAAUUUUUUCCCCAUUGACUUCCACUUUAUUUUUUGUCCAUACAAUGGAAGUCAAUGGGAACAGAAACAGUAUGGCUACCAACAUUCUUCAAAUUUUUUUUUUUUUACAUUCUGCAGCAUAAAGAAAGUUUGUGAUGACAUGAAUGUUUAUUUUUGGCUGAACUAUCCCUUUAAUAUCUUAAAUUAUUCUGUUUUAAGAAUGUUUAGAUAUCUGAUAUGGAAAACAAGA